AUGGAUAUUCAAUUAAAUUUUCUCAAAUUUCAACCUUUAAAGAAUUGGCUUGAUUAUUUCUUAAAUAGACAAGAACUGAGGGAUUUAUUAAAUCAAACUUCAGACUUCAAUUUUGCUAUUACUUUAUGCGAUCAAUUUGUUGAACAAGCAUUGGUAACAGAAAAGGAAUUGGCUCAAGUUGGGAAAAUUUAUUUGGACCAAGAAGAUAAAAUCUGCUUGAGAUAUAAAGCCAACGAUUUAUGGCUUUGUGCUAUGAGUUGCUUUGCUUGUUGUAAUUGGGACUUGGGUUUGCUGAUGAAAAACCUAAAUGUCCAGAAAAUUCAAUCAUUGUUGGAUCAGCUGGUUAAAUGGACUUUAUUGCAAGAAGAAAUUGUUCAGGAUCCAUUCGAUUAUUUUUGUAGUGUAACUUCCUCUGAAAAAUUCGACACAAAAAGAAUUUUCUCUGUUUGGCUUUAUGCUCGUUGGAUUCUUUUGGUUGAUUCAGAGGCUCGCUUUCCUUCAAUUCCUGCAAAACCAACAGUCAGCAAUCCUUAUAAUUAUCUUGAUCAGAGUCUCCUUCAAGCAGAGAAGUUGGCACAAACAAUCCUCGAAGUUCAAAAGAAAAUCCCGGAGGCCAUAAAACUUUUGGACCAGAUGUGGAAUUUAUAUAGUGGAAUUUAUGUACCUAAAAAAGAAUGUUUUUAUCCUAAUUUGGAGGUUAUUACGGAGGUAAGAAAAACUUGGCAAAGACUUAAAAACAACCGUGAAUCCAUUGAUGUGGAAAAUAAAUACUUUUUACCAAGUGAGCAAGAUAUUAAUGGAUUUGCCUGUGCUCUGGGAUUUGAUAUUCCUAAAGAAAAUUCUUCACUUUGCCAAUCUGGUGACAUUAAUUUAUUUAUGCAAUUUGCUCUCGUUAGACCCAAACAUAAAAUUCCUGUUAAUAUUUUGGUUGAAUUACUUUCUAUGGGAAUUUGUCGAGUUUCAAAGAUUUAUCUCGACAAAGAACUUCGUCAAUCUGAAGAAUUGCGUUUAGAAUUAAUUACAAGUUUUCAAUCUCAUCUUUCUUCUUUAAACGGUUUAAAUUUCAAAAUUAAAUUUAUUCAACGCGCCAGAUUACUUGGCUCCCUUUAUUUUCUUUGUUCUCAUUGUUUUGAAUUUACAAAAUCUGAAAAUGCUCUUUGGAAUGUUGUUACCUCUUUUGAUAUUAAUGUUCUUCGUAACUCGUUUGCACAACUAGAUCCUUCAAUUCGUAUUGAAAAUAAAAGGAAUAUGAAAAAAUGGACAGAAUUUGUAAAUAAAUUUAGUGAAGAUUGUAAAGUUAUAGAAGAAAAUAAAGAAUUGCAAAUGCUUCUUUUGUGUGAUUCAAUGAGGAUUGGGUUAACAAAUUGGAAUACAGAUUUUUGUCGUCCAAGUUUUCCCCAUGAAUUUGUUAAAAAUGCAGCGGAAUUGAAACAACAGUUAAAUGGUGUUUUGACUAGAGCAAUACAAGACAACAAGAGUACUUUUCAGAUUUUUAGUAAAGAGUUAACAUGUUAUUUACUGAACAAUCGAGAAUGGUCUUUUACUAGUCAGCGUAUCAAAAAUCAACCACUUUUAACUACUCCUUUUACAAAUAUUGCUGUUAUUUUCUCAUUUUUCUUCACUAAAUUGUACGUGGAAAAGAAACGAGAUGAAGCAUUUAAAACAGCUAGAGAAGUUAUUUGGAAAGUUUUAACUCCAACUUUUGAUGCAGUUAAAUUUGGGCAAGAACCAAGGCAGUGUAUGAUUGGAAAGGAAGCAUUAAUUAGCUUGAUUGAGGGAUUAAAGGAUUUGGAAGUCCUCAAUAUUUUUAUAGGAUUUGUCAGUUUUCUCUACAAUUUUGUUUUAACUACAUAUCAAAAACCAUUAAAAAGUAGCAUUAAUUCAACGGGAGAGUCUGAUGCUGUAGAUAAUGCUACAGGGACAACUGAUGAAUCAACAAGUCAACAACAACAUACAGAAACAACAUUGUUACGUGCUGUUGGACGGAAUGUAUAUUUAGAUAAUGUUGAAUUGUGGCAGUCAAUAAGUACAUUGGAAACAUACAAAUCAUAUGACAUUGAUGUUGAUUAUGUCGAAAAAGUACUAGAUUUAUUAGCUGAACAAGCAUCUCUCGUUGGACCAGUUUAUUUGCCUUGGCUGUGUUUUCGAGCUGAUUAUGCAUUUGCUCGUGAAAGAUAUGAGGAGGCAACUUUGCUUUAUUUGGAGACAAUUAUAGCGUUGGAUCGUGGACUCAAUCAUCAAAUAUCUUCACAGGAAGUUGGAGCUACUAGCACAACAACGAAGCAACUAAAAAAGAAGAUGGAUAUUGAUUUGGUUAUUUUUACUAAUUAUUUAUAUAACACACGUUCUGACCUCGUUAUUGGAUACACGGAGUGUUGA